AUGGUUGAUGAUCCUUUAUCUCCUGGAGGAAAAUGCUUAGAUGAAUGUACUCUACUAGCACGCUCUGUUAUUUGGCGAAGCCACGACCCCCGCAACAAAGAUAACACCACGGCUGGAGCUCCUACAGAUAAUGCGACCGCAGCCAACGCUUCCGCGAAAGACGCGGUAAUGUCGCAAGGACAAGGCGGUUUACCUUUGCAAAGUUCAACAGGAAUUAUAGCCAGGCUCUUUCACGACCAAGCAGGGAACUUAUAUGGAGUUUGGUGGUAUGACCAGGACCUUUGUGGCUGGAUCGGAUUUAGCUACAACUACUCUGCGGUGUUAGAGGAUGGAAAGCUGGAAAACGGAGUGAGCUGCUCAGAAUUUGCGCAUACGGUGAUCUCGAGACUUCUUCCAAUCUCUCGAUGGGGGGGGACCAACGAAUCGAGUUGGGCUUUAGUAGUGAAAAUAGAAGAAGAGAUCUACGGCGACGAGCCAUUUGCUCAAGGCAGGAAUCGUCAGGCAGAUGACUCUGUGGAUGCGGAAGGCCUACAGAAGUUCGAUCAGACCCUUCGUCUACCACCGAUUCAUUUUCACAACGGCUUCAGAAAGUCGGGCGAACUGGAAUGGUAUCAGGAAUCGAUAUCGCCAUCUGCGUAG